AUGGUUAAGUUUGUUGAGAUCUGGAGUGAAGAACUUGGCAGAAUAGCACAGGCUCACGCCGACAAAUGUGUUUAUGUAAAAAGUACAAACAAAACCAGAGUAACGGUGUCAUUCCAAGACGUGGGGGAAAACAUUCAACUAAUGAACAUAAACGGGAGGUAUAGUGGGGCUACAACAGGGGAUAAACAUUUUACAGGGAGGUAUAGUGGGGCUACAACAGGGUAUAAACAUUUUAGAGGGAGGUAUAGUGGGGCUACAACAGGGGAUAAACAUUUUACAGGGAAGUAUAGUGGGGCUACAACAGGGGAUAAAAAGUUUACAGGGAGGUAUAGUGGGGCUACAACAGGGGAUAAAAAGUUUACAGGGAGGUAUAGUGGGGCUACAACAGGGGAUAAACAUUUUACAGGGAAGUAUAGUGGGGCUACAACAGGGUAUAAACAUUUUACAGGGAGGUAUAGUGGGGCUACAACAGGGGAUAAACAUUUUACAGGGAAGUAUAGUGGGGCUACAACAGGGGAUAAAAAGUUUACAGGGAGGUAUAGUGGGGCUACAACAGGGGAUAAAAAGUUUACAGGGAGGUAUAUUGGGGCUACAACAGGGUAUAAACAUUUUACAGGGAAGUAUAGUGGGGCUACAACAGGGGAUAAAAAGUUUACAGGGAGUAUGGAAAGGAAUAAUUCAUAUACCAUAGAAGUGUAUGACGAAGCUACCAGAGUUAUGUAUAGUGUUAUAGUUGUCCGUGCCGAAACUGAGUUUAUUGGAUGUGGAAUGAAGGAGUGUGGUGACGCCAUGUUUACCGUUUGCAACUAUGCACCGAAAGGAGAUCCAAAAUCCAAGCCAUACCUUCGUCGGUGUAGAAAUUGUCCGAGUGGAUACACCGAAAAAUCCAACCUUUGUGUUAAAGAACUUGAAAAAUCUGGAAAUAAGUUACCAUUUUUUGUUAAAUCCAACGCAUAA